GACCACGAAGAGGAUCAGCUCUAGGUGGGGACGGUCAGAGAAGCCCACCAGGAUGAAGCCUUCGAAAGAACUCGUAUUGUCCUUUUCCAUCACCUGUGGCUACAUAUCACCUGUUGAGAGAAAGAUGAGUGCCGGUUUUGUUUCUUUUAGAUUUCUUACGGCAACAUGGAAUUAGUUGAGGAAGUUACUUGGACGAGCCUUAUUUGGAGAAAGCUUUGACAUGCCCUUUGAUUUCUUAGAAUGCUACCACUCUCUUCGGACUCCAGUACUAAAGUGCAAUUUAAGAGGAUGCUUCCAAGACUCUGUUGAACCUCAUCUUUUUUAAUGUUAAAAAAUAUAUAAUGAAAAAAUUCAAGAGGGAGAUGACACAUAUAAGGUCAACCAGUACACAGGUAAGAAAGGAGGUAAGGCUGUGUGUCCAUCUGAGCAAGUGUUCUAAACUAGGGGUUAAAAUAUCCUAAUGUGACCACGGAUAAACGCUGUAAAGUUUCCCUCAGCAGCUUUCUAAAAUUCUCUCACAUUAACUUCUGUUUUUAUCCAAUUGAUUGCUAUGCUCUCUUUCUGAUCUGCUAGGUAUUUCACAUAAUUCAAAUGUUUUGCUAGUCAGUUGAACGUUUACUAUUCAAAAUGAGAAUAAUUGUAUCUGGAGAUGCUGGCAAUGUGAUUUUAUUGCAAAGCAGAGAAAUCUACCACCUUUAAGAUAUUAGCCACAGUUGCAAGCAAUUGGAGCAGGUGUUAACAGGUAAAUAGUAGCCUAUGGGAUAUAAUCUUAAAGAUGCAGAUAAGGACUUCCUGGUUUCUGUUUUGUUUUGCUUUUUAGUUGUCAACAAGCACUUUAAUCCUAAAAUUAGGGACAUAAAUCAGAAUUUAAAUUACUUAAACUGUCUGAAAUACAAAAGGAUACCACAUCUAUUUAAAGAUAUCCUUUUAAGAGUGGAUAAAUAUUUGAGGUAACGGUGUGUGCAGAAGAUGAGUAAGAAAGACAGACGUGGGAAUUCAGGGCUGUGAAAUGUCCAGCUUCUUCCCCUCACUGCUUUCUGGCUGCAUCAUUGUUACUCAGCUCCAGGGCUUCCUACUAGAGUGAUGAAUAUUUCUGCCUCCUUGUGCCUUACUCCAGAAAGUGAGGGGAUAUUACAUAAUUGGAUACACUAAUACAUUAAUGACAAAGCAGUUUAUUUCUUUUGUGAGGACUGAAUCUCAGAGUGAGGUGGUCACCUAGUUUAAGAAGAGUUAACUGAUUCUCUCCUGUAAUCCUCAGUGAGAGGGCUUUUUGGUGAGGCAGUCUCUUAGUUGAGUUCUGAGGAGGAAAGUCAGACAGAGGGCCUGGUCAGGAAGGAAGGGCCCUGAUCCGUGUUAAAGGAGAAAGCACAUAUAGUGUCUUUAACAGUGAGAUACCUCCCGAGCAAUAAAUGAAGGCAGACCUUACGAUUUAUCCAAGCAGGAAUGCGUCUGAGAAUAGGAGGGACUCUGGCAGUGACUAUGUCAGGACAGCAGGGGUACAUUCAGCAGUCUGAAUAAACGAGUAUUUCAGCCAUCCCAAUGUGAUGAGUUUGAGGGGAUCUCUUCAACACGUGUGCACCUCAAAGAUACUGACAUAUAUGAAAUCUCUCUUUAACUGAUGCCAUUUGUCUCGUUUUCUCUGAUUCCUGCACUCCUUGGCAACACACACACACACACACACACACACACACACACACACACAUUUUACUAGUAAGAUACAAAAUGCUCCUACAAUCCAUCUUUUGAAAACUCUUUGUACAGUCAGGCAUGGUGGCUCACGCCUGUAAUCUCGGUGGGAGGCCGAGACAGGCGGAUCACGAGGUCAGGAGUUCGAGAUCAGCCUGGCCACCAUGGCAGCCUCUACUAAAAAUACAAAAAUUAGCCAGGAUUGGUGGCAGGCGCCUAUAGUUCCAGCUACUCAGGAGGCUGAGGUAGGAGAAUCAUUGAACCUGGGAGGCAGAGGUUGCAGUGAGCCGAGAUUGUGCCACUGCACUCCAGCCUGGGUGACAAGAGCAAGACUCCGUUUCAAAAAAAAAAAAAAAAUAUAUAUAUAUAUAUACAUUCAGACUGAAUUUUAAGGAAUUAUCAAGAGAGCUAAAAAAUUAAAUUUCUUGUAAUAUUUUCAUCCUCAUGGCCAUCAAAAUCUUAACUAAAGCAACGCUAGUCUGAAAGUAGAAUACAGAGAAUAAAUUGGUCAGCAGGUCAUUAAAAAUAUAAAAGUAAUGCCUGCUUAUUAGAAACUUGAACAAAAAAAUAGUUAAGUGUAUAAGUAAAGUCUGCUUUAUUCACCCCCAUUUUGAUUUCUGAGGGGUAAUAGUUUCUUCUACAUUAUUCAAAAGUAGCUUUUAAUUUAUAUAUUAGUAUGUAUAUUAUACUAAUAUUAUGUUCCUUUCUUAAACUGAUGGAAUCAUGCUAUACAAAUGUUCAGUCACUUCGUUUUUUCACUUAAAAAUACUUUUGAAUAUCAUUUCAUAUCCAUAUCUGACUACAAAUCUCAAUUUUCUUUUUAGGUGAGAGUGAGGAGACAUUUUUUAGGAAGCUAAUGGUUCUAAAAUAAGUAGAAAAAUUAAAAUUCACAUUGCCAACACUAUGCUGAACAUGAACGAAAUUGAAAAACAAAUGUUCUAACAUUGAUAAAGUAAUACAAUUAUGAAGUGUCCCAUUAAGAUUUUUGGGGGGAUGAAUACAUGUUUAGCUGGUAGAGUUGACAUAUUAGUCCCUCCAGGAAAUUUAUGAGGCUAAAUUGCCUCUACCCAAAGCAUCUCAGAGUUCCUGCAGAACUGUUGUAGUUUCUCCGACACAGCUGUGCAUCUAUAUGCCAGGCACUAUGGCAGGCAAUUCACACUCAAGAUCACAUUUAUACUCACGCCAGAUGCUGACUAUGACCCCCUGUCGUUAGAGUUGAUGGCUUGUGGGUUAAGAAGGAAAUCAGAGUCAUUUUCAUUGGUAACCCUAAGAAAUGUAAAGUUCUAGAAAUCGUAAGUAAUUCCUCUCUGAGCACCUCAGACCUUGGAUCGCUGCAGCUUCCUUUCAUCCACUCUUCUCCGUUUCUAAAGGCACGAGUCUAGGGUAGGCCUGUGGGUUUAUACCUCACAUCAUUUAUACUUCACAUCAAGGCAACUUAGAAAAACAUUACGGUAGUCCUCCCUUCUCUGUGAUUUUGCUUUGCACACUUAGAAAAACAUUACGGUAGUCCUCCCGUCUCUGUGAUUUUGCUUUGCACACUUAGAUAAAGAUUACGGUAGUCCUCCCUUCUCUGUGAUUUUGCUUUGUACAAUUUCGGUUACCCACAGUCAGCCAUGGUCUGCAAAUAUUAAAAGGAAAAUUCCGGAAUUGAACAAUUCAUAAGGUUUAAAUUCAUGGCAUUCUGAAUAGCCUGAUGAAGUCUUGCGUUAUCCCGCCGAGUCGUGGGAAUCAUCUCAUUGUUUAGAGCAGGAGUGUCCAAACUUUUGGCCUCCCUGGGUCAGAUUGGAAGAAGAAGAAUUGUCUUGGGCCUCACAUAAAAUACAGCAACACUACAAUAGCUGAUUUUUUUUUAAAUCACAAAAAAACUCUCAUGAUGUUUUAAGAAAGUUUACAAGUUUGUGUUGGGCCACAUUCGAAGCCAUCCUGGGCUGCAUGCAGCCCGUGGGCCUGUGUGGACAAACUUGAUUUAGACCAUCCACCUGCCUGUUAGGCACUUAGUAGCCACCUCGGUCAUCAGAUCGGCAGAACACAGGAGGGGUGAGUACACUAGAAUAAGGUGUUUCGAGAGAGAAAAAAAGAGAGGACUCCACAUUCACAUAAAGUUUAUUACAACAAAUGGGGGUGUUGAGCUGUUAUUGCUGUUCCGUUUUAUUAGUUCCUGUUCUUAAUCUCUUACUGUGCCUAACUUAUAAAUUAAACCUCAUUCUAGUUGCGUAUAUAUUAAAAAAUAGUAUCUAUAGGUGUUGGUACUAUCCACAGUUUGAGGUAUCUAUCCACUUGGGGUCUUGGAAUGUAUCCCCCAUGGAUAAAGGGGGACCACUAUAUUAUCUUCAUUUUACAAAUGAGAAGUGUGGAGACCAGAGGGUUAGAAGCAUUCCAAUUUAAUGAAUGUAACUGAUUAGAGAGGGUAGGGACAUGAGCCCAGGCCUCUGAACUUCAAAUAUCAUAUUAUUAAGGAAUCUUUACAAAUUCUGUGAGCUUCCAAAACAAAAAGGAUACAUCUCCUUAAACUGUGUCUGGAUAACUUACUGGAUACUGUCUACAUGGCUUUUUUGAAGGUGGUAGAGUAAUGGGAGGUGGCUUUAAUUAAUUUUAACUGAUUCCCACAAUCAGGGAAUCUCAUUGGCAUUGAGGAGAAAUUAGAAUGGAUUCAAAUGGCAGGAAACUGUAUCUACAUCCACCUCACAGUAGAUAUCUAGGUAGGAAGAACGUGAAAAAUACAUUUACGAGCAGUAAAAUAUCAAAGGAUACAUUAUGUGAAUUUGGAAACUGAAAAUAUGGCUUAAGAUUCUUGAAAUUCACUUUGCUAAUAUGGUGUUACAAAUGCAUAAACACUUUUGAAAUACUCAGAUAAGUAUUUAUACCUUUAUCAGCACUUUUUUCACAUUAUUAAUACAAUCAGUCUGUAAAUUUAUGUAAAUCGCUAGCAAAAUGAUUAUAGCUGACAUAAUCAAUAAAUGUGUUUAUUAACCUUCUGACUUCUCAUAUUUCAGAGAACAAAGAGUUGAACCAUUUAACAUGAAUUGGAUAAAUGAGAGUGUCCCUCAGGAGUUCAUUCUGUUAGGUUUCUCGGAUCGACCAUGGCUAGAGCUUCCCCUGUCUGUGACGUUCCUGUUUUCCUAUAUCUUGACAAUCUUUGGCAAUCUGACAAUAAUUCUUGUGUCACAUCUGGAUUUCAAACUCCACACCCCCAUGUACUUUUUUCUUAGCAAUCUCUCACUCCUGGACCUUUGCUACACCACAAGUACAGUCCCACAAAUGCUGGUAAACAUAUGCAGCACCAGGAAAGUAAUCAGUUAUGGGGGCUGUGUGGCCCAGCUUUUCAUUUUCCUGGCGUUGGGUUCCACUGAGUGUCUUCUCCUGGCCGUCAUGUCCCUCGAUAGGUUCGUAGCUAUUUGUCGGCCUCUCCAGUACUCAGUUAUCAUGCACCAGAGGCUCUGCCUCCAGUUGGCAGCUGCAUCCUGGGUUAGUGGCUUCAGUAAUUCACUAUUGCAGUCCACCUGGACACUUCAGAUGCCACUGUGUGGUCACAGAGAAGUGGAUCACUUCUUCUGUGAAGUCCCUGCACUGCUCAAGUUGUCCUGUGUCGACACGACAGCAAAUGAGGCUGAACUUUUCUUCAUCAGUGUGCUGUUCCUUCUCAUACCUGUGACACUCGUCCUCAUAUCGUAUGCUUUUAUAGUCCAAGCAGUGUUGAGAAUCCAGUCUGCUGAAGGCAGACAAAAAGCAUUUGGGACAUGUGGCUCUCAUCUAAUUGUGGUGUCACUUUUUUAUGGUACAGCCACCUCCAUGUACCUGCAGCCACCUUCACCCAGCUCCAAGGACCGGGGAAAGAUGGUUUCUGUCUUCUAUGGAAUCAUCGCGCCCAUGCUGAACCCCCUUAUAUAUACACUUAGGAACAGAGAGGUAAAGGAAGCCUUGAAAAGGUUGGUCGCGAGAGUCUUAAUCAAGAGAUGAGACAUACGCAGAUGAUAAGCUUUGCCAAAGACAUAAUGCUUACUUAGCUUACUAACUUCUCUGCAAGCUGCCCUGUUUUUUGUUGUUACUGUAGAGAACUAUCGUAAGCUCCCUCAAAGAAAAUUUCCUUCACAAAAAGCUGUAUUUGUUUCUGUGGCCUAAAUAUUUUCUUGCCAGGGUGUUAAUAAAAAAGUAAGGAAUUCCCAAAUGGUAGACCUUUUAAAGACUUCAACUUCACAAAGCUUAUAAUUCAAUUCUCUCCAAAUCGAUUCAUUAUCAUUAUUCUUAAAAAACUACUAUCGUGAUCUUUUUUUUUUUUAGCUGGAGUUUCGCUCUUGUUGCCCAGGCUGGAGUGCAAUGGUGCGAUCUCGGCUCACCAUAACCUCCGCCUCCUGGGUUCAGGCAACUCUCCUGCGUCAGCCUCCCGAGUAGCUGGGAUUACAGGCACGCGCCACCGUGCCCAGCUAAUUUUUGUAUUUUUAGUAGAGACGGGGUUUCACCAUGUUGACCAGGUUGGUCUCGAUGUCUUGACCUCGUGAUCCACCUGCCUCGGCCUCCCAAGGUGCUGGGAUUACAAGCUUGAGACGCCGCGCCCGGCCCUUAUGGUGAUCUUUAAAUAAAAUGUCAUCGACAGAGAGCCACGUCUGUUUUCUACUGCCUAGAUAUAUUCAUUGCACAAGUCUUGAAACUGGUCUUUUAUGAACUCUCAAAAUAGGAUAGCCUUAAAAUCUUUAAGGUCUCAAACAUCAUACCGCUGGUCUGUAUACAUGGGUAAGAGUCUUAGGCGUCUCUGAAACCAAAAUAAAAGCUUAGAAAUCUUUUCCCCGGAAAUAAAACGUUUUGAUACGUGUACAA